CCUCUUGAAAAAUUCGACUCAGUUCGUAAAGUAUCUGAACAGGAGGGAUGUGCAGAGGAAGCUUGGAGUAAACAAGAGAUUCGAGACUUGCUCUAAAGCGGGGGACUUCGGUAUUGAUACGAUCAUGCCAUUCGAGACACUUCUACCCGACUUGCUUGAUGCCGGAGUCAGAGGCCUGAACUUGAGGCUCUCCGAAAUACUUCUGUCGGAUAACUAG